AUGGCUACAAAUCUACUGCAAGACUACCCCGAUUUGAGUGACCUGUAUGUGCAAAAUGAACGGAUGACCCGCGAGUUUGACCCGGAUAGCAUUAAAUUCAUAGGGGAAGGCACUUUUGGAGAGGUAUUCAAAGCCAAACACCUUAUCGACCAAAAGGAGUACGCCAUCAAAACCAUUGUCAUAAGGCAGAACAAUCUGGUGAAGGGAGUUAGGGUUAGGGAGUUAUACGACGUGACGAUCAGGGAGUUGAAGGUAUGGGCGAAACUAGACUGCGACCACUUCACGCAAUACAGGAGCUCGUGGUUAGAGGCCGGACAUAAAGACAAGGAACUGGUGCUCACAGUAUACAUACAAAUGGACUUGUGUUGGUUCACCCUGGAGGGGGCCAUUCACAAAAUGAGGGCACACUUCGACCGACCGGUCAACCAAUUCCUGCCAACUCUGGGCUAUUAUAUGGCCUCAGAAUUGUUGAUUGAAAUACUGGAAGGCAUUGAUUACUUGCAUAACUCUAUACCUCCUAUUAUGCACCGGGAUAUCAAACCCAAAAACAUACUGAUUAAGGGUAGUCCCUAUGGCAGGUUCAUUAAGUUGGCUGACUUUGGGUUGGCUACGGAGCACCUGAAGGAGUCUAUGACCCACACCCAAGCCAUGGGUACCGACAAGUAUAUGCCGCCCGAAGUUAGGCUGAGUCGCUAUUACGGCACGAAAGCCGAUAUGUAUAGCAUUGGAGUUACGGUUCAUGAGUUGUUCAACUUUGACCUCUACAGUCCCCAACCAAAGGAUGAUAAUUACGUGAAGAUCACAACAUUGAAUAAAACUCUUUUGGAUGGCUUUCCAUCAAACAGACCCUCGUGUGCGGACACAUUAAAAGCCAGACACCGAUGGCAUAUACCCUACCGUGCGAUAUGA